AGACCGUAUGACGCUCAACCUGUUACCACACCUGCAUCUCAAGGGAGGUCGAGACAGCCGGAGAAGGAUCCCUCCGGACAGCCGGGGACCAAACUGGAAGACGUCCAGCUGGCAGGCUGAGCAGACAGCAGUGCGCCUCACAGAGCAGAGGACGCAGUGAAGGGCAACAUCCAGAGACCCAUCCCUGCUGGAUCAUGGGAAACCAGACUGGCAGAGAAAGUAAUGGCAGCACAGGUUCUCCUUUAGAUUUCUUCCAGACGCCUCCCACCACACCCUCAGAGGCAGAUCUGGCUGCCAUGGCCUUGUCCUCUGCAGCCUCCUCCAGUAAGACUCCAUCACCAGUCGGCAGCAGCCCCCCCUCCACCAGCUCUCCACUCGCAGAAUGGACCCAGAAACUGUCCGCUCCCUCAGAGUGGGCUGUGAUCAGCGUGGACAGCGUCAGCUCAGAGACAAAAGUGAGCGAUGCAGCAGUAAGGCAGCAUGGGAGGGCAACGGGCAGCCUGACGUCGCUGCCUCCGUCCAGAGGAUCGCCUACAGAGCACAGCUGGCAGGACGGGGACAGUGGACUGGAGCCGCAAGCUGCAGCAGACAGAGCCGGGGAGGAGAUGACGCUGGUGUUAUUCAGUCUGAUGGAGCACUACAGGGCCUCACUAGGCCUGACCCACAACACUGAUGUCACCACAGGAGCAGUAGAGCUGCUCAGGCGCUUGAUAAUGGAGAGAGAUGAGCUGGUGGAGGAGGUGGACCAACUGAGGGAGACACUCAGGACGGAGAGGUUGGAGUGGCAUCAGUUCCAGUGUGACCUGCAGGUUGCGGUGUCUGUGGCCGACCGGCUGCGGGUGGAGUCAGAGCAGGCCCUCAGUGUGAUGCAGGAGAGCCACAGAGCCGUGGAGCAGCAGCUGGCUCAGGCCCUCAGCAGACAGCAGGAGAAAGACACAGAGCUGGAGAGUCUGAAGGCGGAGCACAAAGAUGUCUGCAGCAAACUGAGUGAAGUGUCCCUGCAGCAGCAGCAGGAGCGAGCCGAGCUGGACGCUCUGUGGAAGGCAUGCAGGGAGAAAGACAUGACAAAUUGUGACAAACAAGACUCUGAGGUGGGGCAGAGGGAGGAAACACAGAAAGUUGUUUUGGAGAAACCCAGGGAAGUUGAAGCCGACACUGAGGCAAAAAAUGUUGAAAAGCAAAAGGAGCCAAAUAAUACAAAUCAACAAAGGGAGGAUCAAGGUGUGGGUCCUGACCCUGAGGACACUAAUAGAUCAGGCAGCACACAGCCGAGGGGGAAAGGGGUGGCGGAGGGAUACCUUCGCAGUCUGGCUGUGCUGGAGAAGAAGAAAGAUGUGCGAGAUCCAAGGAGGAUUGUGAUGCUGUCUGAAAGAUCUUGGUGA